AUGAACACACACUCAGGCCUCACACCCAAGAAGACGGUCCGCUUCGCACCAGACACAAAGGUUAUCGAUACGUCGGAUAUCUCGGCCAACAAGUACCGUCGCCUCACGCGCUUGGCUCCGCGGCCACAACCCAAGCCGACGCCGCGCCCCCAGUUCCAGCCUGACCUUUACGAGGCCGUCGCGUCGCGCGAACGUAUCUACAACAUGUCCCGCAGUUGGAUGUACUAG